AUCAGAGUUCCGGUUACCAGCGGAACUAAACAGUGUCCAGACUGGUGACUCCGCUUCAUAGCUGUUAGCUCUGAUAGCUUCUCCCUGUCUGUUUUGGCUCUCUGUUUGAAUAUGGGAGAAGCAGAUGUGACGCUGAAUCAGGCCGACGAGAAGCCUCCAGACUCGGGCCUGGUUCCCGGGGAGGACUCGGUGGUCUGGAGCCACGAGGUGGAGGUCUGUCUUUUUCACGCGAUGAUCGGACACAAACCCGUCGGCGUGAACCGUCACUUCCACAUGAUCUGCAUCAGAGAUAAGUUCAGUCAGAACAUCGGCCGGCAGGUCUCCUCCUCCGUCAUCUGGGAUCACCUGGGAACGAUGUACGACAUGCAGGCCCUGCAUGAGUCGGAGAUCUUGCCGUUUCCAAACACAGAGAAGAGCUUCUCCCUGCCUGAUGAUCUCAUCCAGGAGGUUAAAGAAGGGAAGCUGGGCUCAGAGGAGGAGAACAAAGAAGAGUUCAGGAUGGAGAGAGAACCUCCAGCGACACAUGAAGAAGGCAGCAACUCGUCGGUGAAGAUGUCAGAGCGAACGAACAGCAGUCGGGACAAGGAGAGAGAGCGAGACAAGGAGAGGGGAGGAGGGAGCGAAGGAGGAGGAGGAGCAGCGGGAGGAGGGAAGGAGGCGGAGAAGAGGAAGAGGAGUCGAACAGCCGAAAAACUGCUGUCGUCUUCUAACCCGGCGAGUCCGGGAGGAGCCAAGAGGAGACGCACCUGAAAGACAGAUGGACGGACGGAGAGACAUGGCGUGUGUGUGUGUGUGUGUGUGUGAGAGAGAGAGAUUGUGUAUGGAGCUGAGAUGGAGGACAACCGCAGGAAAAAUAACUGAAAAAGAAGUGAAGAAGAAGGUACCGUCACAGGAGUCUGCUGGGUGAUCGCUGAGCGCUUCACGAUUACUUUGUACCAAAUGUCAUGUUCGUCAUGUGAUCACAGCGAGAGGAAGUGACACGUCUGAACGCAUCACUGCUGCUGAUGAUGCAAAAGGCCUCUCGUUUUUCUUUUUCUGUUCAUCAGUUUUGUUGUUUUAGAAAACCUGAGGACGGUGGUGUCCCUCCACAUAUUUUAAAAUAGACGUCAUUAUAGGAGUGCAGGUUAAGUCGAGCUCACUUCACUGAUGAAACUUCGCACAGCGCCCUCUAGUGACAGCAACGGGUUCAUACUGCUUUUCACAGAGCAGAGAGGAACACUGCCCCCUGCUGGUCGGCUAAAGGAAUCAUUACAUCAGUGUUUUUAUUCACAGUUGAUGAUCUCCUGCAAACACGGCAGCGCAGAGAAAGUUCUGUUUUUAACGAAGGUGCGGAUUCAACACGAUCGAUCAUAAAGUAUCAAUCAGGUGUCAUCAGAAGUAUUGUCAGUUCACUGUCGAUGUGACGCCUGGCGUGAACCUGGAGCAGGAGUUGAGGUCGUGAUGUUCAUCUGACUGAUGGAGCAAAGUGCGGCGGCUGUCAUGUUCCUCUCCAGAAUGAACGUCAUCACAUUUUUUUAAAGUUUAUUUAUGUGAGUGAUGUUUUUUUUCCCCGUUCGUUUGUCUUUGGUCUGAUGCAGAAACCUCUCAGUGUGUGUGUGUGUGUGUGUGUGUGUUAGUAUUUCAGUCUGUAGAGUUAAACAUUUAAUUCAUUGGUGCACUCUCCACAUGAUGAAAAUAAAAUGGUAAAUUAUUGAUGUAUGAGUCUUAACAGAUGUUUGUGUCAUUAAAGUUGUACUCAGAUCA